AUGGGAGCGAGCACGCAGGCGCGUAGAGUGUUGGCGCCUAGCGGGCUGGCGCCAAACGCGCUAGCGCUUAGAGUGCUGGCGCCUAGCACACUGGCGCCUAACGCGCAGGCGCCUAGAGCGCUGCCGUCUAACGCGCUAGCACCUAGCGCGCUGGCGCUUGCUGCGCUGGUGCUUAACGCGCUGGCGCUUGCUGCGCUGGCACUUAACACGCUAGCGCCUAGCGCGCUGGCGCUUGCUGCGCUGGCGUCAAACGCUCUGGCGCCUAGCGCGCAGGCGCCUAACGUGCUGGAGCCAAAUGCGCAGGCGCCAAACGCGCUGGCGCCUAGUGCGCUGGCACCUAAUACGCAGGCCCAUAGCGCGCUGGUGCCUAACGCACUGGCGCCUUACGCGCUGGCACCUGACGCGCUGGCGCCUAAUGCGCUAGCGCCCUACGCGCAGGCACCUAACGCGCUGGCGCCUUACACGCUGGCGCCUAACGCACUGGCGCCUUACGCGCUGGCGCCUUACGCGUUGGCGCCUUGCAGGUGCCCUCGCAGCGCGCUGGCACCUUGUAGCGUGCUGGCGGCUUGUGGGCUGCAGCCUUGUUUGCGGCGCUGGCAAAUUUCUGCAGGAGCCUUGUUGCGGCAGCGUGCUGGUAAAUUAUUGCGCACGCUCACGCGUUGCUGCAGUGAGCUCACGCCUUGCUGCAGUGAGCUCGCGCAUUGCUGCAAUGAGCUCACGCCUUGCUGCAGUGAGCUCACACGUUGCUACAAUAAGCUCGAGCCUUGCUGCAGUGAGCUCACGCCUUGCUGCAGUCAGCUCACGCGUUGCUGCAAAGAGCUCACGCCUUGCUGCCGUGUGCUCAGGCCUUGCUACGGCAGCCCGCUUUCUCUUCUCAGCCUGCCGGUGCCUUGCUGCAACUCUCUGGCGCCUUGUAGCAUGGCGAUGCGCAGCUCGUUGCUCGCUGGUGCCUUGCUGCACAUCCGCGCGGUGUGUGUGACCUCAGGGGAUCUAUGUUUUAAACCACACCUGUGA